AUGAAUAAUAUCCAACAUUUAUCAGAAACUGAAAGAAAGCUUCUGAGUAAACGUCCUUAUUCUCUAACACUGGCGAUUGAAGAGUUAACCAAGCCCGCAAAGAAAAUCGCAAUAAUUGUGAUAAUCCACCGCGACCACAAAACUGCUGGCCAAAUCCAGCACAAUAAAUUAUCUGAGGAGGCAAUAAAAAUCGACGGGUUGUCACCUUUAAUACAAAACGACCAGGAAGAAUUACAAAACGACGGAUCGCCACCUUUAAUUCUCGAUUCACAUCAGGAAGCAAUACAAAUCGACGUGCCGUUAUCUUUAACUUCAAUUCAGGAAGAACUACAAUUCGGCAGGACUUCACCCUUUGCUUUCAGCUCACCUCAGGAAACAGAAGAAAUACAAUUCGGCAGGACUGCAUCCUUAGAUUUCAACUCACUUCAGAAAACAAUGCAAAUUAACGCGUCACCAUCCUUAACAUCAACAAUUUUGACAACCAUUUAUAAUCAUCACAAUGAUACUAAUGACUUUAUGGCAGCCAUUUACAAACAUCAAGAUCCUACGACAGCCAUUUAUAAUCAUCGAGACUAUGUUACAAUUAAUGAA